AUGCAUCACCAACAAUACCCCUACUUAUUCAUCACCAACAACGCUUGCGUAUCACUAAGCAAGCCUAGGCUUCACCACCAGCAACGCGCUUCAUCACCAGCAACGCCCCGCAUUCACCGCCAGACACUUGCGGCUUCAUCACCAACAACGCGCAGCUUCAUCACCAACAAGCGCUUGCCUUCAUCACCAGCAACGCGCUGCUUCACCGCCAGCCAACGCGCAACCGUCACCAACAGCACUUACCUUCAUCACCAGCACUUGCGCACAGCCCCAUCGCCAGCAAGCCUUGCCUUCAUCACCAACAAGCUGCAGCCAUCACCAGCAACACUUACCCUUCACCACCAACAACCCUUGCAGCCAUCACCAGCAACCUUACCUUCACCACCAGCAACGCCACCAUCAUCACCAACAGCGCCUGUUCGUCACCAGCCAACGCCGCUUCUCACCAGCAACGCCCCGCAUGCCGCCAGCCGCGUACCUCCACCAACAGCGCCAUCAUCACCAACAACGCUACCUUCACCACCAACAACGCUUGCCUUCACCCCAACAACGCGCGCUGCCACCAACAACGCGCAUUCACCACCAGCAACGCGCAUUCACCGCCAACAGCGCUUACCCUUCACCACCAACAGCUUGCUUACCGCAUCAUCACCAACCGGCACUUGCGCUAUCACCAGCAACCUUAUUCACCAACAACGCGCAUUCACCACCAGCAACGCUUUACCUUCACCACCAGCAACAGCGCAUUCACCGCCAGCAGCGCUGCCUUCAUCGCCAACAACACUUGCGCUUCCACCACCAACAACGCGCCUUCAUCACGCCAGCAACCUUGCAGCUACCACCAACAACGCCGCAUUUCACCACCAACAAGCCUUGCCUUCACCACCCAGCACCUUGCAUUCAUCAACAGCCCUUGCCUUCAGCCAAGCAACGCUUGCGUAUCCGCCAGCAUCGCGCAUUCACCACCAACAGCGCUUCAUCCUUACAACAACCUUUCGCCACCAGCAACGCGCAUUCAUCACCAACAGCCUUGCGCUUCAUCACCACAACAUUUACCUUACGCAGCACGCUUUUCACCAGCAACGCUUGCCUUCACCACCAACAACACUUGCGUACCGCCAACAGCACGCCCAUCUUAGCAACGCCGCAGCUUCAUCUCCAAUGACACUUGCAUGCCACCAACAGCGCCCCAGCCCAUCGCCACCAACACUUGCAGCUUCACCAGCAACGCACCAUCAUCACCAGCAACGCGCAUUCACCGCCAGCAACGCGCAUUCGUCACCGGAGGGUGUCGCAAGCAACGCUUGCCUUCACCAACAACGCUUCAUCUUGACCAUCAUCCACCAACAACGCUUACCUUCGCCACCAGCAACGCCUGGCUCACUUAACCAACGCCCCAUUUUGCACCAACAACAGCACCGUCGUCUUAACACAACCGCCCCGCAGCCACCAACAACACGGCCCCAUCACCAACAACGCUUGCGGCUACCUGUGGCGCUUGCGGCUACCGCCGACAGCACUUACGUCGCAAACGGCACAUAA